GGCAACCCCUUCACUGUAUCGACGACGAACGAAGGAAACGAUCCCGAAGAGCGGCAGCGUUGUGAGUGUAAGUACAUGCGAGAAUUUAUAUGAAAUUAUGGAAACUUUAUUAGAGCAGCAAAGGAGGCUUCAUGAGGAAAAAGAGCGGAUUGUGAAUGCGAUGACGAAAGAAAUGCUUCAUAAAAAGAACACGACGAGAGAACAGAUCAACUCUGAUCAAAGUGUCAAAAUUCUUCGUGAUCGUCAUAUGGAUAGUUCCUACAAAUUGAAAGAGUUGUAUGAAGAUAAGGAUGGUCUGCGAAAAGAGGAAGUCCAGGCAUUGUCAGGACCAAAUGAAUUUCAAGAAUUUUAUUCUCGACUCAAAGUCCUCAAGGAUUUUCACAAAAAGCAUCCAAAUGAGAUCUCUGUUCCAAUGUCAGUUGAAUUUGAACUGUUGGAUGAAGAGCGUACAAACCCAGUGGAUGAGAAUCUGUUGCUGGUAGAGUUUACGGACGAGGAAGGCUACGGCAAAUACUUAGAUCUACAUGAAUGCUACGACAAGUUCAUCAAUUUGAAAGGAGUUGAGAAAUUGGAUUAUUUAACAUACCUGGCAACAUUUGAUCAUCUGUUUGAUAUUCCUAAAGACAAGAAGAAUGCAGAAUAUAGAAGGUAUCUUGAUAUGCUGAUAGAUUAUUUGGGGAAUUACUUGAUUAGAAUUCAACCCCUUGUAGACCUUCCUGAAGAGAUGGACAAUAUUAAAGUCGAAUUUGAGAAGCAGUGGGAGACGGGACAAUUCCCAGGAUGGCAGAAAGAAGCAAGUAGUGCCAUGACUUACGCUGGUGCCCAUUUGGACCUUUCCGCAUUUUCUUCUCCGGAGGAGUUGGCAUCCUUGGGUCUUGAUCGAUUAAAAUCAGCCUUGAUGGCGUUGAAUUUAAAGUGUGGUGGAACUUUGGACCAACGGGCGCAGCGACUCUUCACAACGAAAGGGGUUCCGCUCAAUCAGUUGGAUCCCACUCUUUUUGCCAAGAGUAAAUCUGGCAAAGGAGGAAAGAAAGAUAGUGAAAAGCACAGAGAUUUAGCUUUCCUGGAAGCUCAAGUCUAUUACCUAUCCGAACAACUCGGGGAACAACGGUUAUCCACACGUGAAAACAUUCAACGUAAGCAGGCUCGCACAGACGCUGAACGUGAAGAUGAUGAGGUUGAGCAGUAUAGCGACAGCGAAAGUGAUAACGAGGAUGAUGAAGUCAUCUAUAACCCAAAGAACCUACCACUAGGGUGGGAUGGAAAGCCUAUACCGUAUUGGUUGUACAAGCUGCAUGGUCUCAACAUUAACUAUUCAUGUGAGAUAUGUGGUGAGCAGACCUAUAGAGGUCCAAAAGCAUUCCAGAGGCAUUUUGCAGAAUGGCGUCACGCCCAUGGUAUGAGAUGCUUAGGCAUUCCAAAUACAGCACAUUUUGCUAAUGUCACCAACAUAGAAGAUGCCCUUGCACUGUGGGAAAAGUUGAAGUCAUCCAAAACAGCAGAAAGGUUCCAAGCCGAAACCGAGGAAGAGUUUGAGGAUUCUAUUGGUAACGUUGUUAACAAGAAGACCUAUGAAGAUCUUAAGAGGCAGGGGUUGUUGUAAAGAGUGGGCAAGCAAAAUGCAUCACUGUAUGAUGUCAAAAGAGGCCUAAAGUGGUGGUUGUAAAUAUACACAAGUUAAAUACAAUGCUGACAAACACACAGGAGGGGAAGAAGUGAGAUGGAGGCAGGGCAUUUAGAUGGGAGCACCAUCUUUGUCUUGUUUUCAGGGGACAAAUGUAUCGAUGAAGCUUAAUAUGUGUUUGCAAAGGAAAGUGAACAUUGCAACACAAACAUUUUUCUAUAUAUGGUAAUCGUUGGGGACUUGUAUAGCACAUAAUACCGUAAAACCUGAAGCCCAGUUGCAAAAGUAGCCUCAAGAAGAAGCCCACCCCCAAAAAGCAGCCCAUGGUCUUCUUUUCAAGAUAUCGUGGCUUCUUUUUGAGAUAGUACAAUACAAACACUGUACAUGAAUUUCAGAAAACAUAAUAAAUUAAAAACAAGCUUGGCUUUAUGCAGUAGUUUAGGCGAUUAGUGCCAUUUAAAUACACUUCAUGAUAUAAAUUGAUGUUACAGUGGCCUUAUUUAAUUAUUUUAUAGUACAAAUUCACAAAAUGUACAUCAUUCAUUUUGAAAAGAAGCCCCCUCUUUACUUUGUAGAAGUAGCCCAUCCAAAGUUCGGAAAAAAAAAAAAAGAAGCCUAGGGCUUCAAUUCGAGGUUUUACGGUAUAUAACCUCAAUGCGCUGUGGGGAAAACAAAAAUAGCAAAAUCUAUCUUAGUGGGUCAACUUAAAGCUAAUUAUGCCAAAAUAAAAUAAGAAACAAACACAGAGGAACCAACACUAUCGCACCGUUCACAUUCAGAGACUACCCACAAGCAGUGGUUAGCUUGUACGUGACUCGCAUGCGCUUGAAUAGUGUUAUUAUCCGACCUAGUCUUCCCUAACAACAGGAAAGAAAGAAAAAGGUGUGAUUUUAGUCUGCUUAAAAACAGAGACAACAAUCGUCCCCAUUGCAGAGCUUAGAAGCAACGACCCUGAAAGACCUCCCUCCAUAUUUUUAAUUGGCAUUACACAUCACCUUUUCAGUCCAACUUUUUGGGAGAGUCUUGGCUAGUCACAGCUUUCUGUUAACUUAGGAUCACUGAAACCUUCCUCAAUUUUAAAUACAAGCUGUGCUACUGUAUUGCCAUUUCAAAACAAAACAAAAAAAAUAUGUCUGUAGCACCAAAGUUAAAACGAGACUAAAUGGCAACACAUUGCAUAUUUAAUCAAAUUUAUUAUUGGGGCUGCAGAAAUUUAUUAUAUGGCAAGUCAACUGUGGCGGAGUAAUUUUCUGUAAAUAAUCCUCCAAUUUGAAUGUCGAGAUUGCAGUGUACUGGGUAUGGGCCUAAAUAUAAAUUCUGAAACAACAGCUCUGACCAUAGUUCUGCUUUUAGUAACAGUGGCACAUUCGUACCAUAUGUAUUAUCCUCUGCCCUGUCCAAUAUUAUUCACUAUUUGAGUAAUUGGAUGUACAGUUAUCUGUUGGGAAUUUCAAAACCGUGUUUGAACGAUUUUCAAUGUCUAGUAUUUUGUAACAAGUCAUUUAUUAUUCUGUACUUUUAGAAUGAAACAAUGAAUAAACAAAUGUAAUGCUAA